AAUAAUACUAAGAAAUAACAACAACAAUAUAAUAAAAAAACGUAAGUGGUCAAAUACUUAGCGCUCCCAAGACGAAAACCAAUAAACAGAGCAGUUAUGGAACGCUAUUACGUAAGCGGUGAUCGGAAGGGAUCCCAAUUAUGUGAGACUGUUGGUAACGAAAAAACUGAACGAAAGGAAAUAACCGGCUUGACGCGCAUCACUAAGAAACGUCUAAAGGAACUCUGCAAAAAAGAUAAACUCUACCAAACGCCAGCGCUCAAUGAUGUACUCUAUCUACAUUAUCAGGGCAUCGACUGCAUUGAGUGCUUGGAGGAAUAUACCGGUUUAAAAUGUCUCUGGUUGGAGUGUAAUGCCAUCUCCGAAAUACAGGGUCUCGAUAAUCAGAAGCAACUCAAAUGCCUCUUUCUACAAAAUAAUUUAAUAAAACGCAUAGAAAAUUUGGAAAACUGUACAGAAUUAGAUACACUGAACUUAGCAUCGAAUCAUAUUAAAAAAAUCGAAAAUUGUGGUUUCGAAGUGCUGCCCGUGUUGAGUACUUUAAAUUUAUCCUCGAAUUAUUUGAAAGACUUUGAUGGUCUUAAAGAUUUGGAAAAUUGUCAAACACUUUCAGUGCUGGAUUUGUCGAAUAAUCGCAUCGAUGAUAUUUUGGUGGUGAAGAUUUUUGCCAAAAUGCCACAAUUGCGUGUUUUGGUGUUGCAAGGCAAUCCGGUCGUCUCUAAGUUACCGCAAUAUCGUAAGACGCUGAUACUAGAAUGUAAAGAACUUACUUAUUUAGACAGUCGACCAGUGUUUCCCAAAGAUCGUGCUUGCGCAGAAGCCUGGAAAGCAGGCGGCUACGAAGGAGAGCGUAAAGAAAAUGAACGUUGGAAUCGUAUGGAACGUAAAAAAAUACGUGAUAGCGUUAAUGCUACAAUUCGUAUGCGAAAUAAGCAUAGGCCACCAGAUCAACAAGAUCCCACAUUCAAUUCAUCCGAUUCUGAAGAAGAAUCCACAGAAGUUAAACAACAUCGUCAAGCCGAAGUGGAUGCUGGCAUAAAUAUGGAGCUGGGUAUUUGGGAAGAAGUUGUUAACGAGGAUACCAAAUCCGAAACAGCUUCGUCCGACUUGAAUGUCAGCUCCUCAACAUCGGUGCUGAGUACAACAGAUUCAAAUGCGAAUAUUUCGGUGAAUUCAAAAUCUCUAGAAUCCCGUACAAAUCUUGACAGGGAUGAAAAGGUUAUGAACAACUCAACAGAAACGAAGUUGCAAGUUUUAGAUGUAGCAACAGAAGGCAAUAUGGAGAGCAUCUUGCAAGUCGUUGAGACCGAUAAUGAAGCAAAAGAGCGGAGCGAGGCAGGGCAAAAAGGGCUUACAAAUACUGUACCAAAGCGUAUUCUUAUAGAGGAGCUGGCCGACCCUGCGGCAGCAAAUGAGGAGAGCGUUGUUGAUCUAACAAGUCGUGUUGUGGAGCGUUUGCUCGAUACAGAGAUCUUACCAGCGGUUAUAGAGCAUGCGCAUCGUUUAAACAAACGUCAAACAAUACAUAACCUCUCUGACUCCGACGACGCUGGCAAAGAUGAGUACACUGACACUGUGAAUGCAAUAUGCCAGAUUACUAAGAAUGAUCUGUCAACAACCACGCCGAAGAAACGCAUCAAACUGCAAAUAGAAACCGAGGAGAAUUUAGAUGCGCUGGAGAUAGAGGAAGAAGAAAUGGAUUUUGGCGAAAACUUGGAAGUGGAAAUAGAGCAAAGAGAAUAUUGUGUUGAGCGCGAAGUUGAGAAAACAGGGGAUGAGGUCGAGCAUGUUAUAGCAAAGACGGCUGAAGAAAUUAAAUUUGAACAGGAAUGCGCCGAAGUAAAUCAAAAAGUGGUCGAAGAUUUUGAGCAGCUCUCAAUUAGUAUGAAUGACUUUUUCGAAGAAAUGCAGAAAGACAAAGAAGCGGCAGCCUCAGAGGUUUCCUGUGCCGAGCGUGCUUGUGAAAUUGAGUGUGUUGUAAAUAAUAUAGCAGUGGUAGAAACGCAGGAUCCUAUACUGCUUAUGCUACAUAGAGAGCCCUCACCUGAGAAACACAUUGUCACCAUUGUAGAACAUACGAGCGUUGCGCAAUUAGGCGACGAUGUGGAACGUGAAAAAAGCGCUGAAACUGAUAAGGACACGAAUGAAAGUCACAAAGAUGAGAACAGCGUGGAUAUGCCACCAGAGGCCAGUAGUGUUGAGAAGCACAAUUUAUCAAACUCUAAAGCUCCUGAGUUAGAGCCAUUACGUGUGUGUGAUGUGCCAGGUGAUCACGCCGACCUACCAGCGCCAACAAUAGAACUCGUGGUUGAUUACGGUAAAAAAGCCGAUACGGAGGAGACUAAAGAGUUUGCUACAGAUGCGGCACCUAACUUCGCUCGGCUGCAGCCUACAGCUCAGGCUUCUUUCGAACGUGAAGAACGCGAACUGCGCCAAUUGCUUCAAAAGCUCGAGAAUGAAAAUGAACGGUUAUAUAAAAUCAAUGACGCCUACCGACGCGCGCUGGAGAAGGAUAUACGCGAAGAGAUUAAGUAUAAAGACAAAGAGAGCAGCGAGAAUGCGAAUAAAAUAUGUGGUGAAAUAGUAAAAGAUCUACUCGAUGAAUUGUCGAUAUUGGAACAAAGAAACGAGCAACCGCCAAAACCGAAGUGCUAUGAAUUUGGUGACAUUGAGUCGGAUGAAGAAUACAGCUACACAGACCCACCAAAAGCAAGUGAGCCACCAGUGCGUAGCAUUCGUGAAGUAUUGGGUUCCUUCAAUGAGCUACUGCAGGAGAUCACCCGCAAGAAUAAAACCGAGGCAGAACGCAAAGAACGCGAAGGCACCGAAGCAAUUCAACGCCAACACGCGUCGACGGAAGCGGAAAAAGCGAAAAGCUUACAAAACUUGCUGAACUCAACGAAUCUGCGCGAGUUUAACAGCGACACCAAUGAAACGCUCGAUCAGCAAAUCGCUGUUGAGCGCAAACGUGAGAGCGAACGGGUACGCAAGCUUGUGGAUCGUGUCUAUGCGCAAAAAGAUAAGUACAAUGACACCUUGGAAGUGGUAAACGGUAAGUUGGUGGUGGUGAAGAAGGAUACCGGCGAGAUAGAAGAAUUGCCCACUAGCAAAUUAGAAUACAGCGACAGUGAAGACACGGAUGAUUACGAGUCGGCGAACUCAGAUAAUGACAAUGAAAACGAAGCGACGCAUUUGUGGGAUGCGAAGGUGAAACGUGAGGAGAACGUGGCUGGCAGCUUCAAAUUGCCCUAUAGACCAACCGAGCGCAUACCUGCCUUACAAUUAAUACAACGCACAAAUGCGUUGAAGGAAAAAGAGUAUGCAGAGCUUGAAGCCGCUGAGGAAGCGGAAAAUGAGCAAUUUUACUCAUUAGAACCAACGAAGCCAACAGAAUUUCACGACAUCGAUGACGAGUUCAUAGACAAGCUGGAUUUCGAGAAGGCGUCGCUUGAGAAACAAAAUGUGGACGGCGUGGUGGUAGAGGCGGCACGCAGCUAUACAGAUUUGAAACAAAUAUUGGAUAAGGACAAGCAAGAAUUGCGUCUCACUGACGAUGAAAACUGUGUAUUAGAGCGCAUGAAGAGACGCACCGGCGACCUACAGACGGAGGCAAAGCAAACAACGGAUUCACUCACAGCCGAAGAGAACGAGCUACUGCACAAGUUAGUGCAGCGCACAAAAGAGAGAGAGAAAGAAAAACAGGAAACACGCCAUUCACAAACAGAGUUGCAUGAAAGCAAAGUAAAACCGACACUCUCGAAGCAGACAAUGAAAAUUCUGGAACUAAAGCAAAACCCAUCACAAACUGAUGAAACUCAGCAGGAUAAUGCGAGUGGCUUUAUGAAUAUCAAACAAUUAGAUGCACAAUUUCCCAUACCACACGCCUUCAGAAGCAUGUUAGACGACUAUGACCUGGGCAGCGUCAGUGCGUCAAAGUUGAGCUUCGCUGAGCCUCAACCUGAAAUAACCGUUUUGUACAGCAAGGAAACGAAAGAACCUGAGGAAGAGCCAUAUGAGUGUGAGCUGAAUAGUGGACUUUUCCGCAACCCGCUUGAAUUGAGUCGAGGCGGUGUAGCGGCUGCAUCACGUGAGUGUGACGACGAAGUUUUCCUUGAGCUAGAUACAAGCUAUGAGGACGUACCGCCAACAAGCGAUGAACUAGAAAACGCUGAAACAGCAGAGCUGUGUAAGCAGUUGGUAACGGCGGAACUCAUAUUGGAAAAGAAAGUCAACGAAGUACCGCGUCAGUUGAGCGUAAUACCCUCCUCACCUCGACAGGCGUGCAAUGUUUUGCAUGAGAAACACGAGCGUCUUAGAGAUGUGGCUGUGAGUGUGCUUAAAUUUGAUGGCAGCAAUUACGAGGAGUACGGUAUUGAUCAAGAAACAGCACGUGGUGUUGUGGCAUAUGAGAAAAUGCUGAACUAUGGUAUGCCGGAAGUAGUGGAAGAGUUUCUCGAUGCGCCAAUGGACGAGCAGGAAAUGAUGAAAAGUGUAACUGAAGCGUUGCAAAGGAAUGAAAUGAAAGAGGUGCCAGAGGAUAAACCAGUCGUCGGAGAUAACAUGAGCAGGCAGCAAACUGACAGCAGUCUCACAGAAGAAUAUAAGCAGACAAUACCUUCAAGUGAUUGCAACGCGCAGCAAAUUGAACGGAAACCACAAGAGCUGCCAGAUUUUGCUGAAAUGACUAAGCAAAACGUUAACAAAUUGGAGCAUCUCGAAGAUGAGAUCUCGAAUUAUCUAACCGACAUCACAGCACAUUUACAAACCCAAGUGGGUGCUAAGAGAACUCUCCAUGAAGCUGAGCUACAAGAAAUAUCAGACGAGUAUAAGGACUUUCCGGUUGUUCAACGCAAAAUCGCCGUUGCAAACGAAACCACUGCCACACCAGCAGAAACACACGCUGCCAACGUCAAACCCUCCGCUAGUGGUUUAGAAAGAGCACGCAGUCUUACUAAUCUACUAAAAUCACCAAUUCUCAGACAGUUCAACGAAGAUACCAACGAAAGUUUGGAUGCGCAAAUUCAGGCUGCGCAGGCAAAUCAGUUCGAUUUAAUUGAAUGUAAUCUAGAGGUCAUCAAUGCUGAUGGUGAAGUGGUCAAUGAAAUUUCGGUAAAUGCAGAGAUUACAUAUAAUCCUUAAAAACAACAACAAGAACAUUGAAAAUUUUACAAAAUUAUAACGGUUAUAUUUUUUAUAAAACACUAGCACAACUCUUGGAAACAUAUUAGUAUGUCUCACUGUCCAUAGCGAAUAAAUAUAGAUGUAAAAAUGCAUAUAACA